UAGAAAGAGCACAGAUAAUCCCACGCAGUUGCAAAGGUGCAGAUCAUCUUGAAUUUGUUUUCUGAGGAGAAACAUAUAAACUGCAACCUCAUGAUUUUGUGAGGAAUAUAAUACUACUACAGCCGAGCGAAGAACCAAUGUCAACGCGUAUACGGAGCCGUCCGUCGUCGACGAACGUCAACGCAAAUCAAACCAGCAAUGUCGAUUCCUCGGGCGAACCGGAGGUGUGGAGCAAGAUCUGCAGCGAGAUCAAGUCAUUGCUGGAAUACGCAUCGAUGAAUGAGAACGCAAAGAGCCAGAUUGCGAAGCUGAGUAAAGCGGAGGAGGAAUUUGAAGAUGACGAUGAUGAUGAUGGCAGUGGUGAGGCGGCAAAGGUGGAGGAUCUGAGGUCGCAGCUGGCGAACCUGGAUCAAUUACGAGAGUUAUAUCAAACACAAAUCGACUGUGCCCAACAUGAAAAGAAACUACUGGAUCAAGCACUGGAAGAUGUCUCCAUCUUAUCUGCGCUUCGCCAAGCAACAGAAUUUAACAGCACUGAUAAUAAACGGAAAAAACGAAAAGUGGACGAUAUCCCCGUGACCGCCGAAAGUCCAAAGAACUUCAAAAAGGCUCGAAGUGGCUCCGCUGUUCCGGGUGAUCAAUACGUCGUCGGCGCACAGGUUGCGUUUCGGCUCAAGAAAGGGCGCGGUGUCGAUGUCGAGUGGAUUCAGUGCGAAAUCACAAAAGUUAUCGGCGAAGGGAGUAAAAUCAGAUUCGAAGUACAGGACCCCGAACCCGACGAGAACAAUAACCCAGGACAAUCCUACAAAGCCGGUCCAAAGGACAUCAUCGUCAUUCCCGAGACAUCUGACGGUCUGCCGACCUAUCCUCCCGGCACAAGAGUGCUCGCGCGAUACCCGGAGACCACGACGUUCUACAAAGCUGAGGUCAUGGGUACGAAACGCGAUGGUACGUGUAGGUUGAAGUUUGAGGGGGAGGAGGAGGUUGGAAAGGAGACUGAGGUGGAGAGACGGUUGGUGUUGGAGGCGCCAAAGUGAUAGAUGUAUUAAUAAAUCUGUUAUUUGUAUAUCUGUAC